AAUCGUGAACAUCUCAUAAUGGAAAUGAAAUUCAAAUCAAGUCUUACCUGUAUAGUCAAUUUCAUAGUUAACGAGGGCUUCGAGUCUGGUUGGAGCACUUUGAAAGAAUUUGUCAGGUGCACGAGCUCCAUAUUCAGUGUUUGUAUAAGACUGUACCUGACAUGAACAAAUGGGGAUGGCUCGUUGUGGUAGCUGCGCUCGUCUUGCGCUUGUGCAUCCUUGCGGUUAUUUCGUCGUAUGGCGUUUUCUUAGAGUACUUCAUCACUAAAUUUCCGUCAACACCAGUUGCCUUCUUAGAAUCAAUAGGAGCGGUGUCCUACGGUAUUGGUGCUAUGGGAGCCCCGAUAUCUCUCGCCUUAUACAGGAAGUACAAGACACGACGAGUGGUGAUCGCUGGAGUAUUUGCUGCCUCUCUUGGCUUUGCUUUGACGGGAACGGUGCAAAGCCCUGGCGCAAUAUUCGUCACCUACGGGAUCCUCCUCGGCAUUGGUGCACUUUUGACCAAUAACACGUCGUUAUUCCUGAUUGCGCAGUACUUUAAACCGGAAAAUAAAUACUAUGUGCUUGCCACAAGCCUGCCCGUCCCUUCCAUAGCAUUUGCACUUGAACGCUUAGUUCGAGGCAUCGGAAGCCAAAAUGCGUUUGCCCUGCUUGGAGUAAACGCUUUCAUUUGUGGAACCCUCGCUGCGUUAGCAAUGGAAGAAAACGAAAAUGGAGAUACCCCUCAAAACGAAAGUGUCAAUGCCAUGAAAGGUGGAUACGACGGCGUGCCUGAACACGGAAUUGGCGAUUAUCAAACAGGACAAAAGAACGAAGCGGACAACGAAAAACAGUUGACAGAAACGCACCUCGAUCAGAAAUGCAGUGCUACAGCCGAGUCAGGGGAUUCCAAGCGGGACAGAGGCAGUGCCCCUUCUAAACCACUGGUUGUGGCUGUUUCUGUCACUAUAUUUCUUACCUUGUUUCUUCGAGGAGCAGUCAUGCAUUCUUUGCCCUUUGUUAUGGUAAAGCAUUUGGUCCAGGAGUUCAAUACCACUCCAUUUCUGGCCGCGUCCACAGUGACGUUCUUCAACUUGUCUGACUUGUGUGGGCGGCUGACCGUGGCUUUCAUCGGAGACCGCUUCUUCAAGGGACAUUUGGUAGAAAUGUGUGCAGUGUGCGCUCUCCUGUUGGGCGCUGGCUGCCUCGCUGCAAGGUUUGCAGUGCAGUUUUAUCAGAUGUUGAUGUUCAAUAUCGGCAGGUGCGCUGUACGACGUCACUGGAUCUUACAGAAUAUGUUUUGUCCUUAACCUUGGAUUUUGCCUACUCGUCGCCAUGUCCUUUGGAACUUUAGUAAUUGUAAGAGAACGUUUCCUAAGAAGACGUGUUUUACAUUCAGCAGGCGGAAAGGAGAGUUCAUCACAAAUACAACAUGCUGAAAACGUAACAUGGACGAAGAAACCGCGUCUUGAAUUGCUAUCACGGUUUGCUCAAAUACAACUUCAAUAUAAUACUAAAUCAGAAGAAAAAGCUCCACUGAAAAAAACAAACUCAGUACUGGAAUAUUAAAUGGGCGGCAGCUUGUCGCUGAAGUGAAGGGGUUUAAUACAUGUACCUCUAUACAGGAAAAUUAUCUUUAAAAAUAAAAUAUUAACUCAAGAAUGAAGUACAUCAAAGAUAGAGACUACUUUGAAUUAAAACAAGGUAUACGUUACAAUUUCUUAAUCAUUUAAUGCAACAAAGUCGAAGAAAACCCCCAGCCCAAGGUGACAAUUACAGCAACUGAUCCAGAGUUUGGAACACCCCUCCGAGACAAAUCCAGGGGCGGAACCAAGACUUUUCUGAAAGGUUUUCAAAUGGUAAUAAAAUAUGACUAGUCGUGGCCAAUGAAAAAAAGUCCUCUUGUUUUAAACCUAUA